AUGAGCUCGAUCGCACAUUUUGGACGACUGCAAGUGCAGUUGGAAGCAUCGCCGAGCAGACAAGUUGAGUCGUCUUCUCUCCCUCAAUCCAUCAAUCAAGCACGAGCAGUUUCCACUCCACUUUCUACCAGCCUUGCUCACAUUCUACGUAUGCCCAAUUCUAUUCAUCUCAAUUGCCUCUCUUGUCUUUCUUUUAACAACAGACGUACCGUAAUCCGCAAACCUACUCGUUUGAGACCAUUUUAUUUCAUGUCCACUUUCUACCGUGUUCGGCCACUUCUCACCGUUGGACCCAGCUUCCUUGACAAGCAUUUUUGUGUUCUCCCAAUCUUUGUCGAACAGGUCGGCAUGUUUUAUUCUCAAUUAAGUCCAAAGGAUAAUUAUUUUUCAGGAAUAUAUUUGUCGGCUGUUGCAACACUUUAG